CAUGAGACCUUGUUGUUGUUUCUCUGCAGGUGUGUUACUCCCAGUACUCCCAGUGCUCCCAGUACUCCCAGUGCUCCCAAGUACUCCCAAGUCCUCCCAGUGUCCCCACCAUGGUCCUGGGGGAGGUCCCGGUGGAGAACAUCGCCCGUCCUCUGGGCAGGAACGAGGUGCUGGGCCUCAUCUUUCGCCUCACCAUCUUCGGAGCCGUCACCUACUUCACCAUCAAGUGGAUGGUGGACGCCAUCGACCCCACCAGGAAGCAGAAGCUGGAGGCGCAGAAGCAGGCGGAGAAGUUGAUGCGUCAGAUCGGAGUGAAGAACGUGAAGCUGUCAGAGUACGAGAUGAGCAUCGCAGCUCACCUGGUCGACCCGCUCAGCAUGCAGAUCACCUGGAGGGACAUAGCUGGUCUGGACGAGGUGAUCACUGAGUUGAAGGAGACGGUGAUCCUACCGGUCCAGAAGAGACACCUGUUCCUGGGCUCCAGACUGCUGCAGCCUCCUAAAGGCGUGUUGCUGUACGGGCCCCCCGGCUGCGGGAAGACGCUGAUCGCCAAGGCGACGGCGAAGGAGGCGGGGUUUCGGUUCAUCAACCUGCAGCCCAGCACCCUGACAGACAAGUGGUACGGAGAGUCUCAGAAGCUGGCCGCCGCCGUCUUCUCUCUGGCCAUCAAACUGCAGCCCUCCAUCAUCUUCGUGGACGAGAUCGACUCGUUCCUGAGGAGUCGCUCCAGCUCAGAUCAUGAAGCGACGGCCAUGAUGAAAGCUCAGUUCAUGAGUCUGUGGGACGGACUGGACACAGACACUCACUGCCAGGUGAUCAUCAUGGGAGCCACUAACCGUCCUCAGGAUCUGGACUCAGCGAUUCUGAGGAGGAUGCCCACCAGGUUCCACAUCAAUCAGCCUAGCAACCAGCAGAGAGAGCAGAUCCUCAAACUCAUCCUGGAGGACGAGAGCGUGGACCUGUCUGUGGACCUCUGUGGCGUCGCCAAGGAGACGGAGGGUUUCUCAGGAAGUGACCUCAGAGAGAUGUGCAGAGACGCAGCUCUGCUGUGUGUUCGAGACUUCGUCCAUCAGCCGGCAGACAGUGACUCAGACUGUAUUCGUCCGAUCCAUCAGGACGACCUUCAGAAAGCCAUCGGGAAGAUGAAGAAAUCAAAGAUGGCGGGAGGGCAUGGAGCGCUGCUGCACGCUGCUCUGGACUGAACACACACUCACACUCUCACUCUCACUCACACUCACACACUCACACUCACACUCACACUCUCACUCACACUCACACUCACACACUCACACUCACUCACUCACACACACACACACACACCCUCUCUGAGGUGUUGAACAUGUGCCAUCUGUUUUAUUGUCUCUGAAGCAGAAAAGCUGCUCUGAGAAAAUCAUUUUGAAUAAACUCACAAAUAAAUAAAGUUGUAGUAUUGGCUCUGAGAACUACGUUACCCAUGAGCCUCAGCAGCCGUGGAAAGAUAAUCCAAUGUCAUUAUUUAUUAAAUGAGUAGAACGUUCUGAAACAAAAUGGAGUCAAAUAAAAAAUGAGGAUAGAUUAUUUAUUUGAAUGAUCUCUUUAUUUUCUUUAACACUGAUUUAAAGAUAAGAUUUAAACCCUAAUUAUUAUUUCUGACUCUUUGGGGUUUCUUUAGUUUCUAACAAACCUUUAUUUACACAUAAAUACAACAACAAGGUGCAUUCUGGGAUGUUAUUAUGAUGUAAACAAAGUGUACUUUCUCAUUAAGUUUAUAAACUGAGCUCUGGGUCGGUCAGCACUCACUGGUGUUUGUUUACAUGGAUCUUGUUGACUUGUUGACUCUAAACCUCGGCGUCAGGUUUGUAAACAAAGGUUGAGAUUGUUUGUACAUUGUAGUUCUUAGUGAAGGUGUGAUGUCUGGACGAUGGAAUAAAGACGUGGAAACAAA